AUGGAUAAAAUAAAAAUAAAAAGUUCAUUUCUUAAAUUAUCUGGUUAUGAAUUCAAAAUUGCUGUUGAUAAAGAUAUUGAAUUGUCUACCGAAUUUUUAACGUUACCUGUUGAUACUGGAAAAGAAACCAUUCUGGGUUCACUUUCUUUCAAAAAUGUCAUCAAAGUGGAGUUGCUGGAUAAUUCUGAACAGAAAGGAGCUGGUUUGGUUCUUCAUGUAAAUAAUUAUAUGAUGAGAAAACUUCAACAAUACUUGGUGCCGGGAAGUAAUAAAUUGAUGGAUUACAAGUCUUCAUAUUCACAAAAUAAGCUUAUCGUAUUUGACAUUCUUAAUUGUGGUCACGAGGAAAUGCAUAAUAUUCGUUUAAUUCUCGCAAGCAUUUCUCGACACAAUUAUAUUGCACAGCAAACGAAAAAACAAAAUAAAAAAUCUCAAUUGGGAUCCAAUCCUACCAAUCCAGUUCAGUUUGUGGAAUUAAUUUCCCACAACCAAUGGUCGGUACUUGUAAGUAUGCUGGCUAAUCCAGGUUUUUAUAAAUUACUAAAUAUUUUUAAUUGGCAAAUUUCAGGUCUUAUUCUCAUAAAAUAUGGGUGACCACAUCCACUUAAACCUCCAUAAUUAAUUGUACUA